AUGACUUUUCCUUUAAGGAGUAUCUUGCACAAACCCGAAUUGUCGGGCAGAUUGGCCAAGUGGGCCAUAGAGCUGAGCGAGCACGAUAUAACCUAUCAGCCGCGAACAGCGAUAAAGUUGCAAGUUCUUGCCGACUUCCUCAGCGACUUCACUGCAAAGAUAGUGUCCGAAGCCGAAAGGGGAACCGCCAUUACUUCCACCAAAGUACACGACCAAUGGGCUUUGUACACCGAUGGCGCUUCUAAUGCAUCAGGAUUUGGACCGGGACUCGUGCUCGAGGUCCCAACAGGCGAAAUGGUUUUCCAAUCCGUACAAUGCCCUAAUAUGACUAACAACGAGUACGAGUAUGAGACCGUGAUUGCAGGGUUAAAAUUAGCAUUCAAACGAGCACAGCGAGUCAUCCUUCAAUGCGACUCGCAACUCGUCAUCAAUCAGGUCAUAGGGAAUUUCCAGAUUAAGGAGCAACAAUUACAGAAAUAUCAGGCCAAAAUUUGCAAACUAUUACCCGAGUUCGACAAAUGCCAGCUCGAUCAAAUACCCCGAGCGCAGAACAUCAAAGCGGACGGCCUCGCCAAAUUGGCAGCGGCCACCAAAAGCAUAACCGGAGAGGGGGACGUGGUCACUCUCCUCCAUUCAUCACUAGACCAAAUCGAGGUACGAUCUAUAAACCUAACUUGGUACUGGCGCAAUCGUAUCAUCUCAUAUUUGCAGGACGGAGUGCUCCCACCCGACAAAAAAGAUGCCAAGAAGCUUCGAAUGCAGGCGGCCAGGUACAGUGUCGUCAAUAACGACUUGUACAAAAGAACAUUUGGUGGUCCCCUAGCAAAGUGCUUAGGACCAAAUCAAACACGGCGCGUCCCUGAAGACGUACACGAGGGCCACUACGGAGCUAAUACUAGCAACCGAGCUCUCGUCAGAUGCCUCAUACAAGCAGGCUACUAUUGGCCCACGCUGAAAAAGGAAGCCGCCAACUUCGUCAAAAGGUGUGAGCAAUGCCAAAGAUAUGCCCCCAUGAUUCACCAAGAGGGUGAAACACCUUCAUUCAGUCAGCUCGCCCUGGCCUUUCAUCAAAUGGGGAAUGGACAUCGUCGGACCCCUACUAGCGGGACAAGAAAUCAGCUGCGACAAGGCCCCUGGUUCAUUGGAAAAAAGACCGCCGAGUUCUUCGAAAAAUGGCACAUCAACAGCGUAUUCUCCACACCAUAUCUUCCCGCAAGCAACGGUCAGGUGGUAUCCUCCAACAAAACAAUAUUGAAUAUCAUGAAAAAGAAACUCGAAAACGCCAAUGGACUGUGGUCAGAAGUGCUGUCAGAAGUGUUAUUGGCAUAUUGCACCAUGCCAAAGACGAGCACUUGGGAAACGCCACACUCACUAGUCUAUGGGACUGAUGCAAUAAUACCAGUUGAGGUCGGGGAACGAAGCCUAAGAUACUCAAAUGAUAGCGGGCCAAGAAAAAACGAGAACAGAAGGCAAGACCUCGAUGAAGUCGAAGAGAUAAGAGACAUGGCCUACAUAAGAAUGAUAGCUCAAAAACAACAGGCAGAGCAGUACUACAACCAAAAAGCCAAAAUCAGGCCACUCAAAAUCGGGGACUAUGUACUCAAAGCCAAAACACAGGCAAACAAAGACCCAUGA